CAAGGAUUCAAAACAGUAUUAUAUAAGAAAACAUAUUACAGAUUAGAAAUUAUUAUAACCAUCUUCAGCUUAUAGUUACAUAGAAAAAGGAAAACAAUAAAAAGGAAUAUGAAGAUCCUAUUUGCUUGCUUCUUGUUUGGUCUCGGGACUGCAGGUGGACAGAGUAGAGGAUGUGUUAUUUAUAAAGAGGGUGAAACCAUGCCAGCAAUUCCAAAGGGUGCCCGGUAUGAUAGAACGUGUCAUUCCGUGAUAAAUGACACAAAUAAGUACUGCAUUGAGUGGACUUGUCCAAAGACUGACUGUUCCUAUCCUAUUAAACCAAACAGUGGCUGUCCUCAUUGUACAGGAACAUGUGUAGAUGGCGGUAAAGUGUAUCAAAAAGGUGCGUCAUGGCAGUGUGGAUGUAAUAGAUGCUCGUGUCGCCCUCCGAUAAUAUCAACGAUGAUGAUGUGCUAUGACAAAACACCACCACAGGAGUGCAUGGCGACCAUUGGAUAACAAAAUGAUACCGAAUAUUGGCUAUAAUAAAAUAAAACCUGAAAAUUCUA